ACUUAAGAUAACAGCAGUAAUUUUAGAUGGCAGCAAACGGCUAAAACCCUAAAACAACAUAACCCCCAAACAGGGUCUUCUUGUUCUUGAGUAUUUUUUGUCUGAAAGGCUGCUGUUGACUCAUUUAUGGAUAUCUCACACAACCCGUCUUCCCCAUGGGAAUUUUCCUGCGACUUAGAGGUAGAUUAUGGAUCCGAGGAAAAAGCUAGAAUAAUUUAUACCUCAUUGGGUGUUGAUACAGAGUUGCAACCAGACAAAGUCAAAAGACAAAUGUCCAUCACCAAUGGGAAGCUUGCAGUACAUUUUGAAGCUAUAGAAGCAAGAUUCCUUCGAGCAUCGUAUAGUGCAUUUGUUGACGUGCUUACCCUUGCCACUAAAACUAUUGAAGAGUUUGGUCAGGGAUUGGAGUUGUGAAACUAGCUCUGUUUAGUUGGGAGCUUGAUUAAGGGUUCUUGUCGUGUAUCUAGCUAUAAUUGUUUCUGAAUAUGGUUGUUGGUUUUCUAGGUGAUAGCUGUAUUUGCAACUGGUAGACUAUUACAGUGGCUUCAUGAAAUUUACAGUUGGAUGUUUAUA